CUAGAAAGAGCUAGCCAUGAGAGAAAGUAAAGUUAAUGAUGAUGGCUUGAAGUUGAAUUUUCUGGACAGAGAUGAGCUCGAUGAUGAAGGCGAAGACGAGAACAAGACUAAAAUUAGUACAAGCUCAAGCAACAGUGUAGUUGAAGAAAGUGAUCAAAAGAAGACCAGCGGCUCUAGUACUGGCGUGCGCCCGUAUGCACGAUCCAAGAUGCCGAGGCUUAGAUGGACACCUGAGCUUCAUCUUUGUUUUGUUCAAGCUGUAGAAAGACUUGGGGGUCAAGAAAGAGCAACCCCUAAACUGAUUUUGCAACUAAUGAACAUCAAGGGACUUGGUAUUGCUCAUGUCAAGAGUCAUUUACAGAUGUACCGGAGCAAGAAGAUUGAUGACCAGGGUAGAGUACAAUCUAUAGGGCAUAUUAUGGGGACUCAUCAUCCAUAUCGGUUUUCUCAAAAUCUUUGGCACCAUCCCAUGCUUCAGAAUAUCGAUCAAAGGGUCAGACGUUCCAAUAACAUCAGCGAUGAUGCUUCUUGGAAUGGCCAAGGGAACUGGAUGCUCAAGCCACAUAUGACUACUGAAAUAUAUAGUAAAAGCGCUGGUAAUUGCUUUCAUGACAUGAAUAUCUCAAAAGGCAUCGGUUCAAACCAAAUAAGAAAUGAAGCUCUCCACAUUAAUGAAAAAAUUUCAUUCACCGAACCAAGCAUCAGGAGAACAUGGGGACUCCCUGAAGGAAGAAGGUCGAGCAUAUACAACGGAAUAGAAGAAAGAAUGAAAUGCUUUAAAUCCGAUGAUCUUGAUUUGAGCCUUUCACUGGGCACAAAAUUUAGAGAAGACAAGGGAGAGCCAUGGCGUGGGGAAGAAGUUCAAAGCACUUGGCAUCUUUCUUUGUCAUCCCGGCCUUCAAAUCCGAGAAAGCGUGGAAGGCUGAAGGAAGAAUGCGAUGCAACAAACCCAAAAUUGCCGAGUACUCUGGAUCUGACUAUAUGA